ACAGCCCCUAGGCAGCCGGCACUCGCAGCCUCCUUCCCCCCGAGCGGAGCUGCGGGGCCGGCCGGGCCGGGGCGGACCCCGGGAACCCGGACGCGGCCGCCCGGGCCCGCGGGCGGGGGGAUCGGCGGAGGGGACUGGCGGCGGGAGCAGCCACCAUGGAGUUCCGCCAGGAGGAGUUUCGGAAGCUAGCGGGUCGCGCCCUCGGGAGGCUGCACCGUCUUCUGGAGAAGCGGCAGGAAGGUGCAGAGACGCUGGAGCUAAGUGCUGAUGGGCGCCCGGUGACGACACAGACCCGGGACCCGCCGGUAGUGGAUUGCACCUGCUUUGGUCUCCCUCGCCGCUACAUUAUCGCCAUCAUGAGCGGUCUGGGCUUCUGCAUCAGCUUUGGCAUCCGCUGCAACCUGGGCGUGGCCAUCGUCUCCAUGGUCAACAACAGCACGACCCACCGCGGGGGCCACGUGGUGAUGCAGAAAGCUCAGUUCAACUGGGAUCCAGAGACAGUUGGCCUCAUACAUGGCUCCUUUUUCUGGGGCUACAUUGUCACCCAGAUUCCCGGAGGAUUUAUCUGCCAAAAAUUCGCAGCUAACAGGGUUUUCGGCUUUGCUAUUGUGGCUACCUCCACUCUAAACAUGCUGAUCCCCUCGGCUGCCCGCGUCCACUACGGCUGCGUCAUCUUCGUGAGGAUCCUGCAGGGGUUGGUAGAGGGGGUCACGUAUCCCGCCUGCCACGGGAUCUGGAGCAAGUGGGCCCCGCCCUUAGAGCGGAGUCGCCUGGCGACGACAGCCUUUUGCGGUUCCUAUGCUGGGGCGGUGGUCGCGAUGCCUCUCGCCGGGGUCCUGGUGCAGUACUCGGGAUGGAGCUCAGUGUUCUACGUCUACGGCAGCUUCGGGAUCUUCUGGUACCUGUUCUGGCUGCUCGUCUCAUACGAGUCCCCGGCGCUGCACCCUAGCAUCUCGGAGGAGGAGCGCAAGUACAUCGAGGACGCCAUCGGCGAGAGCGCCAAACUCAUGAACCCCGUCACGAAGUUUAACACACCCUGGCGGCGCUUCUUCACGUCCAUGCCAGUCUAUGCCAUCAUCGUGGCCAACUUCUGCCGCAGUUGGACGUUCUACCUGCUUCUGAUCUCCCAGCCCGCCUACUUCGAAGAAGUGUUCGGAUUUGAGAUCAGCAAGGUGGGCCUGGUAUCAGCUUUGCCUCACCUGGUCAUGACCAUCAUCGUGCCCAUUGGCGGCCAGAUCGCCGACUUCCUGAGGAGCCGCCGCAUCAUGUCGACCACCAACGUGCGCAAGUUGAUGAACUGCGGGGGCUUUGGGAUGGAAGCUACGCUGCUGCUGGUGGUCGGCUACUCGCACUCCAAGGGCGUGGCCAUCUCCUUCCUCGUCCUCGCCGUGGGCUUCAGCGGCUUCGCCAUCUCUGGGUUCAACGUGAACCACCUGGACAUCGCCCCGCGCUACGCCAGCAUCCUCAUGGGCAUCUCCAACGGCGUGGGUACCUUGUCCGGCAUGGUGUGCCCCAUCAUCGUGGGUGCCAUGACUAAACACAAGACGCGGGAGGAGUGGCAGUACGUGUUCCUCAUCGCCUCCCUGGUGCACUACGGUGGCGUCAUUUUCUACGGGGUCUUCGCUUCCGGAGAGAAGCAGCCGUGGGCAGAGCCUGAGGAGAUGAGCGAAGAGAAAUGUGGCUUCGUUGGCCACGACCAGCUGGCUGGCAGUGACGAGAGCGAAAUGGAGGAUGAGGCCGAGCCCCCCGGGGCACCCCCUGCUCCCCCGCCCUCCUAUGGGGCCACGCACAGCACAGUUCAACCCCCGAGACCCCCGCCCCCUGUCCGGGGGGCCUACUGACCACGUGCCUCCGACCGGAUGGCAGUUUCCAGGGCCUCCACUCCACACACCUCAGGCCUGAGUGGCCGUGUCGAGGAAGCCCGGUCCUCUGCGCCCUGCCUCAGGCCAAGAAGCACUCUCCCUGUUCCCAGUGCCGUCAAAUCCUCCUCCCUCCCCGCCGCCUCUCAGGGUAGCGAAGCUCCGGCCCCCCCCUCCCCGCAGGCAGUUUCAAGGAUACCCACCAGGGACACCCACCAAGGAUACCCACUUCCCCUGAAGGCUCCCUUCUCCACCUGGUCGGCCUCAGUAGUGUCAAAGCUCUCCUUUCAGGGCUUUGUUGGAAGGGACAGUUCCAUCUCUUGUGGUUUUGGGCACUUCCCCCUUUCCUUGAACCCCAGGGACUCUCAGGCUGACCCCCUGAGACUACUCAGCCCCCCUCUCAUUUCAGAAAAAUUCAAGGUCUUCCCCUAGAAGUUUCAAAUCUCUCCCAACACUACUCUGCAUUUGCCCGGUUGGUUUAACUCAUCACCCAUAUGCACCAUUCUCGGGGUUGAUUCUCACCAGCGUUUCUGGGGGGACAUGGCAGUUUCAAGCACCUCCCCCACCUAUCCACCCCUCCCUCCACCAGCAGACUCUGCUGAAGCACCCAGUCCCCAAGACCUUCUCCCUAGCUUUGCCCAAGGCCUAGGGAAACCAAAAAGUGGCGGGUUUGACACGAGGCCGCUCCUCACCCCCAUGCACUUUUUCUGACACGGUUUUCAGGUCUAAACAGGGGCUGCUCCAGUCCAUCACCUCCGUGGUUUGAAGCCACCACCAUUGAACUUCCCCAUGGCGGUUUCAAGAUGCUCCUUCUCCCCUCAUUCCUUGCACUUUAUUCUCUUGGGUGGUUUCAGACUGCCCUCGUUUUCUCAGUGGCCAUUCGUUAGGUCCCUCAGGGGCUAAAUGACUCCAAAUCUGGGAUCCUUCCCUCUCAGACUCCCCUAUUUCCGCUUAGAAUUUGGGGAACGUAUAUAGGAGAAGUCACAGAAUCCCAGGAAAGGGAAUGGGGCUGGGGGAAAGGGGUGUUUUUCCCCAGGCAGGGUUGUGUCUUUGUGUCUCUCUCUGUGACUGUAACUCCUGCCCUGCCCCCUCCCAAUAAAAUGCUUUGGUGUACACA